UUUAGAGCGUGCAGCGAACCAAACCAGUGAGGCCUAUUAUAAAAGGAAAGGAUGGCUAGCUUUGCAGGAACCACACAAAAGUGCAUGGCUUGUGACAAAACGGUUUAUCUUGUAGAUAAGCUGACUGCUGAUAAUAGGGUGUUUCAUAAGGCUUGCUUCCGAUGCUACCAUUGUAAGGGCACUCUCAAGCUUAGCAACUAUUGUUCCUUUGAAGGAGUGCUCUACUGUAGGCCACAUUAUGAUCAACUCUUCAAGAGAACUGGCAGCCUUGACAAGAGCUUUGAAGGAACUCCGAAAGUAGUGAAACUAGACAAGCCCACCGAAAACGAGAAUGCAAAGUCAGUCUCCAACAUGUUCGCUGGCACCAGAGACAAAUGUUCAGGCUGUACCAAGACUGUUUAUCCCAUUGAAAAGGUAACGGUGAACGGGACCGCGUAUCACAAAAGCUGCUUCAAAUGUAGCCAUGGAGGAUGCACAAUAAGUCCAUCAAAUUACAUAGCACAUGAGGGGAAACUGUAUUGCAAACAUCAUCACAUUCAACUAUUCAAGGAGAAGGGAAAUUACAGCCAACUUGAAACUGAGCGCCAAAAGAACAAUAAUGCAUCAGUGGCAAUGACAUUAACCUCUCCAAUGGAAAUUGCAGCUGAAUCAUAGUCUCUAUUUUUAAAUAAUUUCAAAUAUUAAUCUCUUCAGCUGGUUGUGUUCCUUA